AUCGACUAGAAUACUACAUUUACUAUGGAUGUAUCUGCUCUGUCUUACCCUGCUGAGCCCCUAUUCAUUUGCUGGUAAAAUGAAGAUUGUUGAGGAACCAAAUACAUUUGGGCUCAACAAUCCCUUUUUGGCCCAAGGAAGUAGACUCCAGCCCAAGGUGACUCCAGGCCCAGUGUCAGGACCAGCACAUCUCCGCCGACUAGCAGGAAAGUGCUUCAGUUACAUAGAGUCCACGUAUAAAUAUGAAUUCUGUCCAUUCCACAACAUCACCCAGCAUGAGCAGUCAUUCAGGUGGAACGCUUACAGUGGCAUACUGGGAAUCUGGCAGGAGUGGGAGAUUGUGAACAACACCUUUUUGGCCAUGUGGAUGAGAGAGGGAGAUGCCUGUGGGAAUAAAAAUAGGCAAACAAAGGUCAUUCUGACCUGCGGUGGAAGUAGCAAGUUGGCUCAAGUGUCAGAGCCCACUACCUGUGUUUAUUCUCUAAGCUUUGAGACCCCACUUGUAUGCCACCCACAUUCUCUCUUAGUGUACCCAACUCUGAGUGACAAGCUGCAGAUGGAAUGGGAUGAAAUCGAACAGGCCCGCUAUGAGAACCUCAUUACUGAGCAGGGCUACAAUAAUCUACUGAGGGAUAUUUUUGAGGAUGCUGGUUUCCUAAAGAGCCAAAAGGUAAAGGAGAAGCCGGAUAUCACAACUACCUCAAAGACACAUGAUUCCUUGCAGAAAUGCAAUGAGGAUGUCCGUAAACAGAGGGAAGAGAUUGAGAGAUUGCAAGCUCUCCUCACUCAACACAACAUUCCCCAUGAGUCAAAGGCAGCUAAGGCGAAGAUUCCAGUGAGUGUGACUGUGCAAAAUCGGCACCUGAGAGGGGACAACGGCCUCAUCGCAGACCUACUCUGAGGAUUCCAGACAUUUACACAAAAUAUUGCAGACCACUAACUGAACAGCAGAGAAGGCAGAUGUCACACAAUAAACAUGGCAGUUCCACAUUAGAGAAUUCAAGUAAAAAUUCUAAAUACAAUUUUAGAUAAACAACCAUGUUUUCUUGACUGUGAGGCGUACCUGUACUCCCCAAUGGCAUAGCUAGAUUCUUAGAAUAUUUAUUUUUCAACUCCAUUGUCUGUCUGGACAGAAAUCAUACCUCUGCUAUCAAAGGAAGUACACUGAAGAUGUAAAUUGUUUGAUCCAGAAAAUACAUUUU